AUGGGGAAGGCAGAGGAUGAGCAGCCUUUGCCUAGUACAACUCUUGAUGCUCAAAGUGCAACUUCAAAUGCAGGGAACAGUAAUGGGUGCUGCUUGGGUUGCAGUAAGGUUGUCACUCUCAGAUGUAUAUUUGUUUUGGUGCUUAGUGUAGCAGUACUUCUAUCUGCCGUUUUUUGGCUUCCAUUCUUCCACUUUCGGGGUCAAAAGGAUCUGGAUCUGGAUUAUCCAGGUCAUGAUAUAGUGGCAAGUUUUAUUAUUAAGAAGCCAGCUUCUUUUCUCGACAAAUAUGUCAUACAACUCGAGAAUGAUAUUUUUGAAGAAAUAAGUUUUCCCAUGACGAAAGUGGAAAUAAUACAUUUAGCACCAGCUGGAUCAAACACAACAAAUGUUAUGUUUGCAGUUGAAUCUGAUUUUGAAGGAGGGAUUACUACCAGUCCUGAUCAGAAGGCAUUCCUUAUGCAGAAAGUUCAGAUCCGUUUCAACUUCACUUUGAACUUUUCCAUCGAUCAAUUACUGGACAAUUUUAAUGAACUUACCAGCCAACUGAAGUCUGGCUUACAUCUUGCUCCAUAUGAGAACUUGUACCUUAGCCUGACAAAUCUGAAAGGUUCCACUGUGGCUCCACCCACUACAGUUGAGACGCAAGUUCUUUUGGCAGUGGGAAAUCCCUCGAAAUCAAGGUUAAAGCAGUUGGCUAUAACCAUCACCGAUCCUCAUUCCAAAAAUCUUGGACUGAAUAACACUGUAUUUGGCCGGGUUAAGCAAGUUCGUCUUUCGUCUAUGCCCCUCGUCAAUGAUACCUCACCAUCUCCAUCUCCAUCUCCAUCUCCGGCUCCUCUGCCACCAUCCAACCACCACCACCACCACCACCAUGAUGCUACUCUUGCUCCCAGUAUUUCACCUGCACCAUCAAUGGGCAAAAGUGGAUCUGAAACUGGGAAAGGAUCAUCAGAGCCUGCGCCAGUGCCUGCACCUGCUCCGGGGAAGAGUCAAGUGGCAAAGCCUCCCGGUUGUCAUUCUGGUUACAAAAAUAGGUUCCCCCAGAAACCCAAUGAGCAUUCUCAUGGUACACCUACAGCACCUCCAGUUUAUGCACCGCGUGUUGCUCCUUCACAACCGCCUCAGCAAUCUAAUCCACAAAAACCUGAUUUACCUCCAGUUCCAGCUGCAAGCCCAUUAUCGAGUGUAGCUUAUGAUCAUAUUCACCCCCCAUCAAAGGGUGAUUAUGCAGGGCCUCCAGAUGUAAUGCCAUUAGUUUCACCUGCACUGUCUCCAUCCUCUGCAGGUACCUUUUCGUCUAAUUUAUGGGCUUUUCCGCUGUUUCUACUCUUAAUGCAUUUGUGGCAGCAGAGAAUGUGA